AACAGGCGCAGAUGUCAUGUGAAAGCCCACAUGCUCUGCCAUCCACACGGCCCUCCUGCCUUUUCUUUCUGAUUUUAUUUUUUUUUUCGCUCUUUUCCCCCUCUGCUUUGUAACUGACAAAACCACCACCAACUCUUCAAUCCAAGUGAUCACAAGAGAAAUCUUUGGGAGCCGGUGGUGGCAUUUUUAAAGCAAAGCACGUUGGAGAGAAAGAAAAACAAAACCAAAAAAAACCCCACAGUCAAUCCGGGCACCAAUCAGACAACACAUUUUCACCCGCCUGCAAAACCAAAACAAAAACAAACCACCAUCACCACCAUCCUAAUAAAAACCAGUUUAAAAGCGGCGGCGGCGGCAACGGCAACCACAACAGCCUCGAAGGGAUGAUUUUCUCAGCAGAUCCGAUCUUCGGCUGCAGCCUUCACUCUUGCUGAGCGAGGAUUUUUCUGUUCCGACGUCCGGGCUGGUAGCUUCAUGACUGCGCUGAGUGAAGGCCCGCCACCACCAUGCGAGCACAAAUUGAAGUGAUACCAUGCAAGAUUUGUGGCGAUAAAUCCUCUGGAAUCCACUACGGAGUCAUCACAUGUGAAGGCUGUAAGGGAUUUUUUAGGAGGAGCCAACAGAAUAAUGCUUCUUAUUCCUGCCCAAGGCAGAGAAACUGUUUAAUUGACAGAACCAAUAGAAACCGUUGCCAACACUGCCGGCUGCAGAAGUGUCUUGCCCUGGGAAUGUCUAGAGAUGCUGUAAAGUUUGGGAGAAUGUCCAAGAAGCAGAGGGACAGCCUGUACGCUGAAGUGCAGAAGCACCAGCAACGGCUGCAGGAGCAGAGGCAGCAGCAGAGCGGUGAAACAGAGGCCCUUGCCAGGGUCUACAGCAGCAGCAUCAGCAACGGUCUGAACAACCUGAACAACGAAACAGGCGGCACUUACUCAAACGGGCAUGUCAUUGACCUGCCAAAGUCUGAGGGGUAUUAUAAUGUGGAUUCCGGCCAGCCCUCGCCGGAUCAGUCGGGACUGGAUAUGACUGGAAUCAAGCAGAUAAAGCAAGAACCUAUCUAUGACCUCACUUCUGUACCAAACUUGUUUACCUACAGCUCUUUCAACAACGGGCAGUUAGCACCAGGAAUAACCAUGACCGAAAUAGAUCGAAUUGCACAGAACAUCAUUAAAUCCCAUUUGGAGACGUGUCAAUAUACCAUAGAGGAACUUCACCAACUAGCAUGGCAGACCCAUACGUAUGAAGAAAUUAAAGUAUAUCAGAACAAGACCAGAGAAGCGCUGUGGCAGCAAUGUGCUAUCCAGAUCACUCACGCGAUCCAGUACGUUGUAGAGUUCGCCAAGCGGAUAACAGGCUUCAUGGAGCUCUGUCAAAAUGAUCAAAUUCUCCUUCUGAAGUCAGGUUGUUUGGAAGUCGUUUUGGUGAGAAUGUGCCGUGCCUUCAACCCGUUAAACAACACUGUUCUGUUUGAAGGAAAGUAUGGAGGAAUGCAGAUGUUCAAAGCCUUAGGUUCUGAUGACCUGGUGAAUGAAGCGUUUGAUUUUGCAAAGAAUUUGUGUUCCUUGCAGCUGACUGAGGAGGAGAUUGCCUUGUUCUCAUCAGCCGUGCUGAUCUCCCCAGACCGAGCCUGGCUGAUCGAACCAAGGAAAGUCCAGAAGCUUCAGGAAAAGAUUUAUUUUGCACUUCAGCAUGUAAUUCAGAAGAACCACCUUGAUGAUGAGACUUUGGCAAAGUUAAUAGCCAAGAUACCAACCAUUACUGCACUUUGCAACUUACACGGAGAGAAACUGCAGGUAUUCAAACAAUCUCAUCCAGAUAUAGUGAACACACUGUUUCCUCCGUUGUACAAGGAGCUUUUUAAUCCUGACUGUACAACCGGCUGCAAAUGAAGCAAAAGAUAGAGAUGUCACAUAGUCAUGGAAUGCAUCACUAAGACAAAGAAAAUGUGUUCAUGAAGACUUAUGAAAAAUGUCACUACUGCAACACUAGGAAUGUCCUGCACUUAAUAGAAUUAUUUUUCACCGCUACAGUUUGAAGAAUGUAAAUAUGCACCUCUGAGUGGGGCUCUUUCCUUUUUUUUUUUUUUUUUGAACUGACCAUAAAUAUACAAAUAUAGGACACUGGGUUUAUUCUUUUUUUUAAUUUUAUUGGGGUAUGUUUUGGGAGACAACUGUUCAUAGAAUUUUAUUGUAGAUAUAAAUGAGAACAGAGCAGUACUUUACAGUAUU